AUGUCAGGUAUCAUGGAACCUCGAAGCCCAAGUCCUGCAGGAAACAAUCCAGAGAUUGAGAUGGCAAGCCCAGGUUCGAGAUUCGCGACUUACCUGGUUGCUUCGCAGCAAUCCGCUGACUUGCAGGCGUCGAACUGGAAGUCUAUCUUGAUUGUGGCAUCGUCAUUUGCCAUGGUGUUUACCUGCUGCGGCCUCAAUUUCGCCUUCGGUAUCUUCCAGGCGCUGUACGACGAAAUGGCAAAGCAGCCGCACACACCGUUCACCGGAGCAUCUCCUGCCCAGAUCGACCUCAUCGGCACCAUCUCAAUUUCAUUGAUGACGAUCGGCGCACUGUUCUCAGUCAGUUGGGCCAAGCGCUUCUCACCAUGCUGGAUCUCGUUCAUUGGCGGUAGCAUUUUCGGGCUUUCGCUUGUUUUGGCGAGCACUUGCAUGCCUUACAUGGUCGCCGUGACAGUCGCGCCGGCAUGGUUCACGGCACGCCGAGGCCUCGCGAUGGGGGUCAUUCUGGCCGGGACUGGCGUGGGAGGUGUUGUGUGGGCGCCGGUAGUCAGGGCUCUCCUCGACGCCGUUGGUUUCCGUAACGCGCUCAGAAUAUCCGGUGUUGUAUCCUUCGUUUUCGUCAGUGCAGCGAGUGCUACAAUGGAUUGGGAUCCAAAAUCGCACCUUCGCAUUCAGGCCGAGAACGCAUCACGUACUGGGAGGCUCGAUGGGAUUCUUCAGGUUCCGCUGGUUGACUGGCGUGUAGCCGGGACACGCAAAUUCGCUGCACAAGGUCUCGGUACGAUGUUCCAAGCUGCUGCCUAUUAUACGCCCGUCUUCUUCUUCCCCUCGUAUGCCAGUACUCUUGGCUACAGUAGCACGGCAGGGGCCAAUUUCACAGCGCUCAGCAACGCCUGCAAUGCGAUUGGGAAGAUCGUGAUUGGUUACUUUGCUGAUCGAUUGGGCCGACUCAACAGUCUCUUGUUAACGACGCUGAUGAGCGCGUGCAUUACUGUUGCGUUCUGGAUUCCUUCCACUUAUUAUGGUGAUACAGGCGACUCGUGGAGCCUAUUCAUCGCCUUCGCCGUCACCUAUGGCCUAUUUGCUAGCGUAUAUGUGUCAUUAUUCCCUGCCAGCUUGAUCGAGAUAUUCGGUAUCCAAAAUUUUGCUUCUGUAAAUGGGGUGCUUUACAUGGUAUGUGGCUUGGCCACAUUGGUUGGUACACCCAUUGGAGGUGCUCUGAUACGCAGCGGCUCGAUGAUAGAGACUGGACCCCAAGCGUAUGUUCGCAUGGCUGUUUUAGUUAGUGUACUCCUUUUCGCUGCUACUGCUGCAGUUGCCUGGGUUCGCAUAGAGGCGAUGAUUGGACCAAACGGAAAAUCAAGCUUCAAAUGGGGGAUGUAA